UGGCUUGUAGUGAGAAUGAUCAGCUUUGCAAAGGCAUUGCACAACCACAUUUUCAAUGCGGAACCGGCUCCCAGAAGACUGUCAAAAGUGCUCCCUCUGCUGUUCCGAGGAGAUUUCGGGGGGUGGUCAUGGUGUCCGGUGAGGUGUGGGACCCCCUCCGUGUGGGCCAUAUUCCGUCACGUCUGAGUGAACAACGCCCGGCUUCCCUCUGCAAACCCGCACGGACUGCAGCUAAGGACCCCACCUCACACCAAAGUCAGCGACUGUCCCCUUUGUCUUCCCCGCCGCCGCUGCCAGUGGUUCGAAACACCCUUCACCCAGCUCGAGCUUCCUCCUUGCAUCCGCCUGUCAGUUUGUACGGCUCAAACAAGGUCAAAGGACUAUACAAACCAGUACACCGUCCUGGUGUGACUUCCCAGUCUGAAGAAGAAAAAGAAGAGGAGGGGGAGGAAGGGGAAGCUGAGCGCUUGGAGAUGAAGGGUAAAAGGCUCGGAGGCCGGGGAGAGACCACAAUGGAGGACAGGUUAGAGGAUAUGGGUGAUGGACCUAAAAAUGCAAAAAUCACCCUAAGCUUCCCGCUCAGUGCAGCCCCCCUUCCGACCUCUCUGACAUCACCAAACCACUGUCAUGGCUCCUCCUCCUCAUCUUCCCCUUCCCCCCACCGACGGCGACCGUCGUCCAAAAGCUCAGACAAGGGGUCGCUGUGGAAACUGGAUGCCACCAUGGACGUAAAGCACAGACCUUUUAAACCCCCAAGACACGACAGCUCUCCGUCCUCUUCGCCCUCCUCCUCCUCAUCUCCCAUGACUGUUCAUGCACUCAUCAGAAAGGACAUCAAAUCGCCACCUCCUCUAAAGUGCUCCAAGCUCAGUUCAGAGACUCAGUUUCACAGGUCGCCACCAAGAUCCUCCACCGGGCCUUUUGGGGGAUGUUAUGCUAGAGAUGGAUGGGAUGAAAGGCACAGGGCGGCCAACGGUACAGCCUCCCCCUCACAGACUGCUCAGAUCCUCUUCAGUCUGGGCACAUCAGCCUAUCAGAGAGGCGGGGAUGCAGAGAGACGAGAGAAAAUAACAGGAAGGCCAUCUGGGAAAGCUGGGAGCCCUCACGGACCAAGUCUUCACCCACCCACCCUCCAUCUCCCUCCCCCUUUACCACCACCACCUCCUCCUCCCUCCGAGGGCCUCACCGCACCCCCACACUCAUCCUCCUACUCCCCUACUGACAGCCUGAAGCCCGAACUGAUUUGUGGCGUGUGCCAUCGGCUGUUUAGCUCAGCCUCCUCCCUCACGGUCCACAUGCGGCUGCAUCGUGGCAGCCGCGCCCUUUGCUGCCGUUACUGUGGCAAGGUCUUUAUCCACAGCAAGAGACUGCAAUCCCACGAGGCCUCCUGCAGGGUGCCAGGCCUGCCCUCUAAUAGCCUUCGCCCUCCUUCUCUCACUAUACAGCCAAAGGAGGAGCCGCUGGAGGAGGGCGAGGUGAGAGUGGAGGGGGGAAUGAUUGUGGGAGAGACAGACAUCAGCAAGGCACGGCCAGGGAAGAAAGCACGAAGCCUCCUGGCGCGUAUCCAAGGUGAUGAUGCAGCAGGCACAGAGGUGCUGGCGGGUGAUGAGAACCAUUUUGUGAAGGUGGUAGACGGCAAUGUCAUCUACUUCUGCUCUGUGUGCGAGCGCUCCUACAUGACCCUCUCCAGCCUGAAGCGUCACUCUAAUGUGCACUCCUGGCGCCGCAAAUAUCCGUGCCAUUUCUGCGACAAGGUCUUUGCCCUGGCCGAGUACCGCACAAAGCAUGAGGUGUGGCACACAGGAGAGCGCCGCUACCAGUGCAUCUUCUGCUGGGAUGCCUUCGCCACGUACUACAAUCUCAAAACCCAUCAGAAGACCAUCCAUGGGAUUAAUCCCAGCCUCAUCUCCAGUGAGAAGACAGCUAACGGGGGUUAUAAGCAGAAAGCUAACGCCCUCAAACUGUACCGUCUUCUUCCCAUGCGCUCCCAGAAGAGACCCUACAAGACUUACAGUGACAGUUUGCAUAACGGCCUGCUCCUGCCACCAACCGAAACACCUCCCCUCUCCCUGCCAGGCCUGGGCUGUGCUCUGGGCCCCGGGGACCUGCAAAGCCUAAUCAGUGGGGCCCACCCUCAGAGUCUAAAGCCUGACCCAGAUGCCUUCCCUGAUGGAUUCCCUGUCUCUGUGACUGCUGAGCACAGGGACCUCUCUGCACUAACACCCCUCCCCCAGGUAGAUAUGUCCCAGGUUAGAAAACAUGAGAGUGAAGACAUUGAGUCAGAGCAGGGGAGAGGUAGUGGCAGCUUCAAAAUGUCCAACAGCAGUAAAACCAAAAGUCUCAAGAGUGGUAGAGGCACAGAGACGAGCAUGCCUUCUGUGAUAACAUAUGGCCAUACAAAGCCCUCCGUCAUAGUUCACGGGACAGCUGUGUCAUCCUCUGUCAUUGUGCAUAGCAAUCAGGUCACGUCUGGAAGCGAGAAAAGCCCAGUGAACAGCCCAUCCCCCGAAAACAGUGACAGUCAGACUGUAGUCAAGGGCCCGUCUCGGCCCAUCAAAAAGCAAAGGGACAGCAUAGAUAAUCACAGAAAGAGGUCAAGAGACAGUUCAGAUACGGCAGAGGAGGGCUCGAGAGGCAGGCAGGACAGAGAGACAGGCAGAUUAUUUCACAAAUCACGCAAGUCCCACAGCAAGAGUGAUAUCUCUAACUCAAAGCAGCUGUCAGCAUCUGUAGGGUCACAGGUCAAAGAGGCAGGGCCACUGUGUCAGAUUACUGUACGUAUUGGUGAGGAGGCCAUAGUGAAGCGCAGUAUAUCUGAGACAGACCUCAGGAGAGAUAAGAGCCUUUCUCCCCCCAAAACCAAACGCAGUGAAACAUCAUCUGUGCGGGACGCCAAGGAACCACGCCACUCUCACUCCCACCACCACCACCACAGACACCGCCUCCAAAGCAGAGCCAGCAUGGAAGCAGAGGGCAAUAAGGAAGGUGGAGACUCUGAGGAGGAGGAGGAAGAAGAAGAAGUGGUCAGGAAAAAGAGCCCCAAAUCCCCCAGUGAAGUGAGGGAGUACUACUUUCGUCAGGAGGUGCGCGAGCUCGAGAGCGACCAUGACACAGAGGACAAUUUAUGGCGACCUUACUACUCCUAUAAGCCCAAGAGAAAGGCCCAAGCACAUCUACAGAGGGUAAAGAGCUGGCAGAGGAAGCUAAAGUACAAGCGCUCCAUCCGGCUGAAGAGGAGGGCAGAGAGGCUUAAGAACCUUUCAAAUAAAGAAACAGAGAAAUCACAAGAUGAAGAAGAGGAUGCAACAACUGAGGAGGCUGAAAAACUGCCAAAAGCUAACAGAGACAAGGGAGAGGGGGAAAAGAAAGAUAAAAAUAAAGAGGCUGAAGAAGAGGUUAAGGAAACCCGCCAUGAGGUUUCCACCUCUCCUGUGCACUCUCCAAAACCUCCUCAGUCUACCUCAGUGGCUCCUACAGGAAUAAAAAGGCGGCCGUGGACUAACGGGAACGCAGCUGAGUGUGGUACGUGCGGCCGCUGGUUCUCGAGCCCCAGAAAACGAGACAAACAUGAGCUGAGCCACCUGCUGGAGUUUGUUUGCCUUUUCUGUCGAGCCACUUUCCCCUCGAGGGAUAAGCUGGAAGACCACCAGAGAGCCCAGCAUCCCAAACCUACUGAAGCCCCCUGUGCACCUCUCAAAGCUGCUCACGAACAAGUAGAAGGGGUCAAACCUGUGCCAGAGAUUUCAAAAUAUGAUGAAGAUAAGGGGGGACAGGGUGGCCUGGGAGGGAGUCACUCUAGUCCAACUCGUCUAAGUAGAAGGGCCUUAUCACGACACACGUGCCCACAGUGUCACAAGGUGUGCAAGACAUCCUCAGCUCUGAAUCGACACAUCCGACGCCACGAGCUCAGCAGUUCUCCAGAGAGAGAAAGAGAAGAUAAAGACACAGAGCCAAAAACAGCAGAGACAGUUGCUGACAUUCUUAGCAGAGAGAAUGAAAAAGCAGAGCUUCCCAGUGCUCUCUCUGUUUCAGUCAUCAGCUAUUCGACGCCAGAGCCGCCCAGCAGUGGCGAGUGCUUGGCGUCGCAGCAGCCUGAGGAGCACCUCUGUGAGCUCACAGAUCAUCAGGUGUCAGAAACCAGUGACAAACCUGAACUAACAGAGCCCACACUUCCAGCUCCAGAGAGAGAGCCACCAAAAGCUGCAGACCCUCCGUUAGACGCCCCAGUAAACCUUACACCCACCAACCACAAAUUAACAUCUGCCACGCCCUCCACCCUCCAGACCGUGCUCGUCAUGAACGGAUCUGAAUGUCUUGACUACCGCACUCCCAGCAAAAAGCACCUAGAUAGUCAGAUCCACAGAAUACCCAGCCCUGUGCACGCUGUGGCAUCCGCCAACACCUCCCCAAAUGUGCCCAUGACAUCACAGACCAGAAUAACCACUGCUGCUCCUCCUGUUUCCAUGACAACAUGUUCCAGCUCCGAGGGGGGAUUCAUGAAACGGGAUGGGGUCAUUAUGGACAGAGAGAGACAGGGUGGGAGCAGUUUAUUUCUACACGCCGGCUACGAGGAGCCGCCUCUGGUGCAAGAUCUCAGAGUCCAGUCCCUGUCCCGCAGUCCCUCUCCCAAUGAAGCACAAGACCUGACCAUGUCCUCAAUACUAGCUCGUGAGAGGGAGAUAGAGAGGCAAAGGGAGAAAGAGAGGGAGCUGGAGAGACAGAGAGAGCGGGAGAGGGAGAAAGAAAUUGUGAGGGAGAGAGAAAAAGAACUAGAGAGGGUCCACCAAGUCAGUAGAGCUGCUCACAUCCCAGAGGACCAGAUCACACUUUUGGUCCCCAAAGAGGAGCCCUUGAGCCCUGUCCCAUCUCCCCAACAUAUCCCCACUCAAACCACUAUGAAUGGACCCUCAUCACACAGGCACACUCCCAAAUCCCCCUGCCGGUCACCUUCGACCAUUGGACUGAUAGCUCAAACCAACCACCAGGUUCACUCCAGUUCACAAGGACUUGACAGGCUUACGCUGCCCACUGGAGCAGCUGGUGCCGGCGACCGCCCCUCUGCCCAUGCUCUGCUUCUCCCCCGAGCCCCACAGCCACCUGAACCGGAGCACCAGGAUACCGUUUCUUCUAGAGAUUCCCAGCAAGGUAACACCACCCCAGUGGGUUACCCCUCCCAGGAUUAUCCACUACCCCUCAUUGUGCCGGACAGCUACCGCUCUGGUAAGAAGCAGGAGGAAAACCUGCUCAUGUCCUCCUACCCGCCUGGAACGCUUCCCUUUGGCCCCUUGGGAAAAGUGAUGGUCCCUAAUGGCGGGGACCUGGCCAAGCUGCCAUUCUAUCCGGACCCCUACCAGCUGCUGUAUGGGCCCCAGUUCCUGGCCUAUCCCUACAACUUGGCAGCGCUGCCCGUGGCUCUGAAUAUGAUGGCACCGGGGGGAGACAAAGUGGAGCCUCUGCCCUUCCUCCCUGCCAUCUUCAACUACGCAGCAACUGCCGGGCCUUACAUGGGGGCGGCCCCCCAUCCCCUCGUGGCAAACCCAAGCCUCUACAGCGGCAGCAGCGGCAGCAGCAAAAAGCAACGGGACAACAGCAGCAGCAAACCCUAGGACAGCCACGCAUUAAAAGGAAUAUAAUUCAAAGGGGACAGCCUCAUGUGUUCAGGCUGGGAGCGGGAGGAGUGCAUACACUGGCACGGCACCCCUGCCUCUCUUUAAUCCAGCAGAGAUCAGAGUUAGGAAGCAAAAGUGUGAAGGGAGGAGAAGAAGCAAAGAAACUCUCCUGCCUUUACUCCUGCUCGCCUCUCUCCGCAUCUCUCCCGCCCAGCUGUAGCGUGUUAUAGAUCUAGAGCUCGAUUAAUCUUCCUCUUUGACUCAUUAUAUUAUCUAUAAUAUAAGAAUUAAGAACUGCUAACAGGGUGUGUGUUUUGUGAAAAAAAGAAAAAAAAUUAGUUCAGUCUACUUCCCUUUAUAGUCACCGCAUAACGAGGAUAAAGGCUCUUCAGGGAAGGCUUGUGUGGGCAAGGAUGAGGCAGAGGAGUCCUUAUUCAACACGGCUGGAGGUGGUGAAGCAUUAAACGACUCAAACCUUUUGCGUGCGUUUGUACGAGUGAGCGAGUGAGAACAGCAGGCGUGUCCCGCUGGUGUAAAAGUGUCCACGAGAGGUAUAUAUGUGAGCUUUUACAUGAACAUGUACAGCAGGUAGGGAUGUGUGCAUGCAGGGGUUGAGCAUUAACUGCAUAUGUGCGAAAGUGUGUGAGUUUGGGUGUGUGGGAAUAAGAUCAUUCCGUUUGAGACGCACACAGCAUUCCUACUCUAGUCGGAAAAGCUACCGUAGGUCAAUGUGUAGAAGUGCAUUUAGAAGCGAUUCUUCAUAUCCAAAUCAUUAAGAAGUCGAAGCUGUGGCUGGACGCGAGUCUAUGACAAUGACAGAUCAGCUGAGCUUCUGAGGUCUGUCAGCGAACCUGGCGACUCCGAGGGCCAGAUGACACUGUAGGAUCUGUAUAGCAUUCACCAUAGUUUAUACCUUAUGUGCACAAACAAGAAAAGUAGUGGUCACUUAAAAGGGACACUUGUAGCUGCUUCGGAAAUGUAGCUGGCCACUGGGUAAGAAUUAAAGGCUGGUAGACCAUUGCACUUCUGUUUUUUCAUCUCAUUUCCUUCACUUAAAAACUUAAAAAGAAAAAAAAAACUGAAAAUACUACUAAAAAAAAAAAAAGAAAGGUCAGCCUUCAUGUUGCGUAGCUUUUUCCCCUCUUUGACUGGAAGAGGAAAAGGCUCCAUUUUCUAAGCCAGGAAGAAGAGAGCAAAGAAUGAGGGGGAGAAAGAGAAAUGAAUUCAGGGUAUUGAGUUGUUUCUGAAGAGGAAAGAGAAAUAUAUGGGCACAAAACUGCUGGACUCUGAACAGAAGUGCUCCGUAGAAAUGACGCUGCGGACGAAAAAUGUUGUCCUGCUCCAUAACUGUGAGGAGAUUGGAAAAAGAAAAAGAAAGUCUGAACUAUUCCCUUCCUGCCUUGUGUUAUUAGCGAGAGGUAGGAAAAGGCCAAAAAGCGGUGGCCGACACUCUCCAGACGCCCUCGCGGUGGGGCCUUUUUGUUAAGUGUAAUGUUAUCUCUCUAUAUGUUUGUUCCGUUGAAAAGAUGUUGUUGUUUAUGUUGUUUAGCCCUACCAGGUGGGGAAAGUGGCUUCGGCGGAAAAGAGGGGAGGGUAAAAACUUCAAAAUAUGAAUGUAAAUUUAGUCAUGAGGUUAAUGAAGUACAGCUACAUUAAUGGUAGAGUUGUUUUUUUGUUUGUUUUUUUUUUUGUUUUUUCCAAGUUCCUGUUUUGUUUUCUGUUUUGACACAAAUAACCUGUUAAAAGAACCGUAUAACGUCUGGUAUGCAUAUAUACAGUAGUCCUAGGAACAUGUCAGUAAACUUUGGUUCUGUAUCCACAAAGCAUGAGCAACACUCGCUUCCUAACCGUUUAUAUCCUCGGCAAAUCUGGCAUUGUGCGCACAGCUUCUGUUUUGUUUCCUUUUAUAUAUAUUUUUUCUGGUCUCUAAAUCAUCCAUAUCUGUUAUGUUUUUGAUGUAUUAUUUGGAAGAAUUCCACAAAAAUUAGUCGCCACUUUUCUUUUUUUUUUUACUUCUCACGGUCACUUUGUAGGCGCUAUUUUAAUCCCGCCCCCUCCCCGCCCCUCGCCCCUCUCCCCCUCGAGCAUACACUCGCUCGCUGCACCUUCUUUUGUUUUUGUUACUGGUGUUGUUGUUCUGAGUGACGACGUUUCGGUGUGUGAUGGUACUCGGGCACCUUUUUGGUCCAGGUGGGAGUGUUGAAAACACUGUGUGACCGACUGCAGGGGUGCACAGGCGUCCCCCUUGGGUGUGGUUACAAGCCUUUUUAUUUUUAAAUGUUUUUUUUUUAUUUGUUUUUUUGUAUGUUUGGGGUACGUGUUGUGUACGAGAGCGAGCGGCUGCGCGACGUGAAUAAGAAAACCAAAAUAAAUCUGCCUAAGCAGCAUAUCCCUUGGCAGUAUAUGGGCCACCUGUUUUGUUUUUCUUUUCUGUGGGUUAGUUUCAGUGUAAAAUAAAAAGCCUUUCUGUCUCCAAUACACUAUCUCAAGCCAUUCCUGUAGACGGACAUGUUUGUGUUUCACGGGGGUGUUUUUGGACCAUAGUUUCUUAUGCCAUAGUUUGCUCUCAUGGUUAUCAUACAGACCAAAAGCAUGCAAAUCGACGUAUUGUAGUGACUGGACUGGAAUCUGGAGGUUUAAAAAAUCAAACUAAACAAAACAACUAUUUACUGUAUGUUUUAGUUUCAAUGAAUGUGCCUCUGCUUUGAUAUUUAAAUAAUUAUAGUAAGAUGUGGAUCUGCCAGAUUUCAACUGUUAAAGGUGCCUUGUUAUGGCAUAAGAAAUUUGAAUUAGCAUUUUUUUUCCUUGAGAAAUGAUGAUUUGGAGAUAGAGUUCUUGGCUUUGUUUGCUACGAAGCUGUUCAUAGAUGUAGGAGUGUGGCUAAACUGUUUUGGUAUCGUGUACAUGUCUAGGGUAAUACUGUGCCAUAUAGAGCCCACAGAAUAUGUUAUUGUUAUUUUUAAAAGAUGUUUUAAUGUUGCCUGAUGACUUUGUCUUUAGAUUUGAUACAAAGGCUUGUAGCCACAGCUCUCCCAAAGUCUGUAGUUUCCUCUCUCCGACAUUCUACUUCUCCUCCACCCCAACCCCACCCCGUUUCCGUCUCCCUUUCUUUCUCUUUGCUGCAAUCAAACAAAAUAAAGUAUUAACCUGAUGACCCAGCGAAAUCAGCUCUA